AUGCCUACUCCGUCCUCGCCAGGUCCUCAACCUCCCUACACGAUUGCCGCAACAUGUCCAGACCCCGACGAACAACAGACCGCAGAGCACCACUCCACUAAUUGGCAUACCCGUUCUGAUGCAUACAUUUCUACCCACGACGUCAGCAGACGUGCUGCGCGACACUCGAGUCUCGAACAGGACGUUGACACAUCCCCGAGCUCUACGAGAAGCCCUCUUGACCCUCAGUCUCUAAGCAGUGAUGGACCCACCAUCGACAUGGCAGCGACUAGUCCCUCCACUGCCGAUACCCAAAGCCGCAACGACCAGCACCCAAUGGCAGAAACCGACGACGAACGAACAGACUCCCCGUACGACGUCACAUCGUCAGAGUCCCUCCACAUUUCGAGGCCACGGCAUGGUGUGGGCACGGGCACGUCGUCAAGGCCUGACAUCGAUAUGCACAACCCUACAGACCUUAAUCAUGGGACGGAAGAGGAAUACGCUCUGCCCAGCAUGGGAUUUGAAUUCCCCUCCAAAAGGAUAAUACCCGCCUCGCCGUCAACAUACCUACGAGCAGGCAGCCGCUUCACCGGGACACAGCAGUCCGAGAGGCAGGUCUACGAGGUUCAGGUUGAGAUCAAGUACGUUGAUUUGCGGGAAUCGUCCCUCUGCGGGUACCUCCGUAUCCAAGGGCUAACCGAUGAUCAUCCCACGCUUACAACGUACUUCGAGGGGGAGAUCAUUGGGAACAAGUACGGCUUCAUGACAAAACACGAGAGCUGGGGCGCCAACGAUAAGACCGACCUGUCCCACUGGGCUAAGUUCCCUGCCUUCCGACCAUACUCCAAGCAGGCACGUAGGGGCUCUGCAGUUGUGAUAAAGGACAUUGCCCAGAGCGAGCAUAUCUUCAUGCGCUGGAAAGAGCAUUUCCUCGUCCCCGAUCACAGAGUGCGAACCAUUAGUGGCGCGAGCUUCGAGGGAUUUUACUACAUCUGCUUUAAUCAAGUCCAGGGGGAGAUCAAUGGCAUUUAUUUCCACAGCAAGAGCGAGAGAUUCCAGCAACUUGAAUUGAAACACGUUGAGGAUAAGGGUUGCUACAGUGCACUGGAGUUCCGGUAA